UAUCGUGCAGGAAGAGAUUAGAAAUGGCCACAACUCGGUGAAAGAAGAAAAGGCGCCACUCUAAACGAUUUAGCCGUGAACGCGAGGCGAAUUUUAUUUUUUAAGUCUUUGAUAAUCAGGUUGUACAAUGUCCAACAGAACAGCCUACUUUUACGACCCCGACGUCGGCAAUUUCCAUUAUGGCGCGGGACAUCCAAUGAAACCUCAUCGUCUCUCCCUGACGCACAGUCUCGUUUUGCAUUAUGGAUUGUACAAGAAGAUGAUGGUGUUUAAACCAUACAAAGCCUCCCAACAUGACAUGUGUCGUUUCCACUCGGAAGACUACAUCGAUUUCCUGCAAAAGGUUAGUCCGAACAAUAUGCAGGGCUUCACAAAGAGUCUUAACACCUUUAAUGUAGGAGACGACUGUCCCGUUUUCCCCGGUCUGUUCGAGUUCUGCUCGCGGUACACGGGAGCCUCGCUCCAGGGCGCGACGCAGCUCAACCAUAAGAUCUGUGAUAUUGCCAUUAACUGGGCUGGGGGCCUGCAUCACGCCAAGAAGUUCGAGGCUUCGGGGUUCUGUUAUGUCAACGACAUCGUCAUCAGCAUCCUGGAGCUGCUGAAGUACCACCCGAGAGUGUUGUAUAUCGACAUUGACAUUCACCAUGGCGACGGGGUGCAGGAGGCUUUCUAUCUCACAGACCGAGUUAUGACGGUGUCCUUCCACAAGUACGGCAAUUACUUCUUUCCCGGGACGGGUGACAUGUACGAGGUGGGUGCCGAAAGCGGCCGCUACUACUGCCUGAACGUGCCGCUGCGCGAUGGCAUUGACGACCAAAGCUACCGGCAGCUCUUCCAGCCGGUCAUCAAGCAGGUGGUGGACUUCUACCAGCCCACCUGCAUCGUGCUACAGUGUGGGGCUGACUCGCUGGGCUGUGACCGCCUGGGCUGCUUCAACCUCAGCAUCCGCGGCCACGGCGAGUGCGUGGAGUUCGUCAAGAGCUUCAAGAUUCCGGUGCUGGUGCUGGGUGGCGGUGGGUACACGGUGCGGAACGUGGCGCGCUGCUGGACCUACGAGACGUCCCUCCUGGUGGACGAGCCAAUCAGCGACGAGCUGCCCUACAGCGAGUACUUCGAGUACUUUGCGCCGGACUUUACGCUGCACCCAGACGUCAGCACGCGCAUCGAGAACCAGAACUCGCGCCAGUACCUGGAGCAGAUCCGGCAGACGGUGUUCGAGAACCUGAAGAUGCUGAACCACGCCCCCAGCGUCCAGAUCCACGACGUGCCCGCCGACCUCCUGAGCUACGAGCGCACGGACGAGCCGGACCAGGACGAGCGCGCGUCCGAGGACAACUACUCUCGUCCCGAGGCCAGCAGUGAGUUUUACGACGGGGACCAUGACAAUGACAAGGAGAGUGAUGUGGAGAUUUAACCCCACCCCCCACCCCCCCCCCAGGACUCAGUAACGAGUCCUCAGUAAGGCCGUGUGAGGGUCAUCAGGAGAGUGAUGUGGAGAUUUAACAGGACUCAGUAACGAGUCCU